AUGAGGGUUAACUUGGGCGCGCUCUCCCUCUUCGUGGCCCUGGUGGGACUUUCGAGCUUCAUCUUCCUCGUGGUGGCCAUCGCCACCGACUUCUGGUACAUCAUCGAUGCCUCCAAGCUGGAGGCGUCCCAGAACGGCACGGACGCGCUCAGCUCGCACUCGGGGCUCUGGCGGACCUGCCGCGUGAGGAGUGAAUGUUACCCUUUGAUAAACCCCUUCUGGCACGAGAAUGCGAACAUCACCGAGUCACACAGACAGCUUUUGUACAUGCAUGGAACAUUUGUCAUCCUGAUGCCCCUCAGCCUGAUACUGAUGAUUUUUGGAGGAAUGACUGGAUUCAUCAGUAUUCUUGCCAGGGCCUACCUGCUGCUCCUAAUGACGGGACUGCUUUUCCUUUUUGGAGCUCUCGUUACCCUGACAGGGAUCGGUGUCUAUAUUGCAUAUUCAGCUGCUGCCUUCCAAGAAGCUGUUUGCCUGCUGAGGAGCAAGGAUCUCCUGGUGGAAAUCGACAUCAGGUUUGGCUGGUCCCUGGCACUGGUCUGGAUCUCCUUUGUGGCAGAAGUGCUCACCGGGGCCGUGUUCCUGCUGGCAGCAAGAGUGGUGGGUCUGAAACGGCAGCGGGAGCAGGCUCUGUGAGCAACAGGUGCCCUUUGCAACCACAGAGCCCUGCAGAGCCUGGUAACUCAGAUUACUUGGUCCAUCUGGUCACCAGGGGCAAUAAGAGUGCAAGGCUGAGGAUCUUGUCAGCUGCUGUGAGCCUU